AUGGUGAAUGUAGCAAUUGCUGGAUCAAGUGGCCUAGCCCAGUUUAUUGCAAACUAUCUCUCUACGAAAACCUGUCAUCAAUUUAUUAUACUAUCCAGGUUUCCGAACCCCGGCCUUGUUUCCAGAGGAUGGCAAGUCUUAGAAGUUGAUUAUUACAACAACUCCAAACUCCGGUAUAUGCUCACGGGGGUGGAUGUAGUCAUUUCCACUAUAUCGGGACCCGCUGAGGCUUCUCUUAUCACCGCUGCUGCUCAAGUUAAUGUGCGCCGUUUCAUACCAUCUGAAUUUGAGGGUCCACCUUCAAAGCGCACCCUCUCCAAGCUCCCAGACCGCGGGAACUGCCAAAGCCUCUCCCUGCUCCAGCAAUAUGAAAUGGAAUACACCAUCUUUACAUGCGGUGUAUUUUAUGAGCGCUUGGCUCCAGGCGGCAUGGCCGCCUUUCAGCUCGGUAAGGGCACAUAUAUUGAUAAGGAAGGCGAAUACCUUAUAAAUAUUCCUUCAAUGGAAACCGAGGUUCCCCAUCUCAGCGACGGUCAAGAUUCUAUGAUUUGCAUGACUUCUGCCCAAGAUGUCGCACGCGCCGUAGUCGCUGCACUUGACUUGCCACGAUGGCCUCGCGAGUUCCGAAUGUUCGGGGACAGAAUGUCGUUAACCGGCCUUGUGGGCACUGUUGAAAGUGUAUUCGGGUGUGAAUUCAAGACAUCCUUCAUCUCUGUUGAAUCGCUUUGCUAUUUACUUUCACAGGCGGAAGCUUCCGGUGAUGUACGGAAACAGCGGCGAGUAUGUCAUCUCCUAGAUACCGUUAACGGUUGUUAUGACUUCGAUUUGUCCAACGUCGAUAGCUUGAAUAUUCGGCCACAACGAUUUCAAGAAUGGCUGCGAAUGGUUUGGGCUUAG